AUGGACACUCUAAAGUACAUGAUAGAGUUGAGUGCUCUGUAUAGAAGGAUGGCCCGAUGGCAAAUUCUGCUUUCCGAAUUUGUUAUAGCCUAUGUGAACCAGAAGACAGUAAAAAUGAGUGCAAUAGCAGAUUUUCUAGCUAGUAGAGCUCUAGAAGACUACGAGCCUUUGAAUUUUGAUUUCCGAAACGAGGAUCUGAUGCAUGUUACGACCAUUGAAGAAGGCACUCAAGAAGAACAUCCUUGGAAACUAAAUUUUAACGGAGCUUCAAACGCUAUGGGUAAUGGAAUUGGGGUAAUUCUGGUAUCCUCAAACGAAGAUCAUUAUCCUUUUACUAGUAAAUUGGAUUUUGAUUGCGCGAACAAUAUGGCAAAAUACGAAGCAUGCAUCAUGGGUAUUCGUGCAGCCAUAGAAUGCAAGAUCAAAGUACUAGAGGUAUAUGGGGAUUCUACACUAGUAAUCUAUCAACUCAAAGGAGAAUGGGAGAUGAGAGACCCCAAGUUGACCAAUUAUCGAAGGUUGGUCCUUAAAUUAAUUAAGGAGUUCAAUGACAUCACCUUCUACUACCUUUCGCAAGAUGAAAAUCAAAUGGCUGACGACGCCUUAGCUACUUUAGCUUCCAUGGUCAAAGUGAACAAACAAGAGGAUAUAAAACCUAUCUAG